CGAUGGCUUUCUCCAUGAGAUCCUAGCGGCCCUCAUCGCUGUUUAAUUUUCUAUGUUUUAAAAUUGAGCGAUUGAUGCCGCACGCUCGAAAUCGGCAGCAGGGGCCCUCCAUCUUCCAUCCCUUCCGCGAAAGCUGCCAUCUUUGACCUGAAAUCCCAGUCCCAAAAAAAUUGCAGCUUUGGCCAAUGACUCCGGAGAUCCAAGUUCAGUCCUCCCCAAUCUCCACCCGUUCCGCUGCCACCAUGCCGGAAACCCUCCACGAAACAUCCCUCCCAAAACAGAGCACCAAUAUCAAGAAGCACCAAAAAGCUUCGAACAAACUCGGUCUUCUCCCCCUCGUCUUCCUCAUCUACUUUGAAGUUUCUGGUGGCCCUUUUGGCUCAGAACAAACAGUCCAGGCCGGCGGCCCCCUCCUCGCCAUCCUAGGCUUCGUUCUCUUCCCCUUCGUUUGGAGCAUUCCGGAAGCCCUAAUCACCGCAGAACUCGCCACCGCCCUCCCCGGGAACGGCGGCUUCGUCCUCUGGGCCGAUCGAGCCUUUGGCUCUUUCUCCGGCUCUCUUAUGGGCUCAUGGAAAUUCCUCUCCGGCGCCAUCAACUCCGCAGCCUACCCCGCUCUCUGCGCCGACUACGUCGCCCGUGCUAUCCCUUCUAUCUCGUCCGGCGCGCCUCGCGUUGCCACGGUUACGGCCACAACCGUUCUCCUCUCAUUUCUUAAUUAUACGGGACUAUCUGUUGUUGGGUAUACAGCCAUGGCGCUUUGUGCUGCUUCGCUUUUCCCCUUUUUCGUGCUGGCGGCGACGGCGUUGCCAAAGCUUAGACUGCGGCGAUGGGGCAAAAUUGCAAAAGAUAGGGAUUGGAGGCUAUUUUUUAACACGCUCUUUUGGAAUCUGAAUUUUUGGGAUAAUGCGAGCACGCUGGCUGGUGAGAUUGAUAACCCGCAGAGGACUUUUCCGAGGGCGCUUUUGGCUGCUGGGUUGCUCACUUCAGUGGCUUAUCUGAUGCCGCUGCUCGCCGGAACUGGGGCGCUUGAUGUGCCAUACUCGGAAUGGGACAGUGGUUUCUACGCCGACGUUGCAGGUAUGAUUACUGGACACUGGCUCAAAUACUGGGUAGAGGUUGGUGCAGUGUUAUCAGCCAUUGGUUUAUAUGAGGCUCAGCUCAGUAGCUCUGCGUUCCAGCUCCUUGGUAUGGCUGACCUUGGCUUCCUCCCAAAAUUUUUCUCCCUUCGGUCGAAAUGGUUCAGUACUCCCUGGGUUGGCAUUCUUACUUCAAGCUUCAUCUCCCUUGGCAUCUCCUUCCUUUCCUUGGAAGACAUCAUCUCCUCUGCUAACUUCCUCUACAGCCUUGGCAUGCUUCUUGAGAUUGCCUCAUUCCUUUGGCUGAGAAGGAAGGAGCCCAGACUAAAGAGGCCAUUUCAUGUGCCAUUGCGAAUGCCAGGGCUCAUUUUCAUGUGCUUGGUUCCCUCAGGAUUCCUCAUUUAUGUGAUGGCACUUGCAAGCUGGAAGGUGUUUGUGAUCAGUGGUGGCUUGACGUUGUUUGGUUCUGCGUUGUACUUCUUCAUGGAACUUUGCAAGUCCAGGGGAUUUUUGAAGUUUUCCACCCAAGGGGAGAAGGUUGGUGAAGUGGAAGAGGAAGAAGGGAAGUCGAAUGAGGCAUGAAAGUACUUCAGAAGGAAAAGAUUUCCCUCUUUGUAUGUCUGAAGAAGCAUUGAUUGAUCAAUUUGAUUCCUACUGCUUGUACUUUUAAUUGAAGAAUAAAGCAAUCUGAUUCAGCUUUUGCUAAAGUGGAGAUGAUUUUAUUACUACCGCUUGCACAGGUAAAAAAAGAAUCUAGUGGCUUUGGUAUUCCAAACUAUUGUUUGUUUUUAAUUAUUUAAAAAAUUGAAUAAUGAUAUACUAUAAUCUUAAGAUGCAUAGUUGAUCUAUUACUAUUUGGGAAAUAAUAUAUUAGCCAAAAUGUAAGAUUUGGUGUUUGCUGGCUAUUCAAUAUGUUGAUUAUCACAUGUAAUUAGUUUGUAUCUUUGUUUUUAAUUAUGUGGAUAGUUUGUUCCCCGUUUCAA